AAAGCCCCCAUCUGAAGGCAAAAAACUUCUGCACGGCACGAGAGAGCGAGACAGCAAGUGAGCUAGAAGGGGAAAAGGGACCGAGACCAAAAAAGCGAAAGCAAACACAAGCGACCAGCCGAACUGCUGACAACGACCAGUUAACACGUUUAAAGUCUUAUGUGCCCGUUGUUAUUCUCAUUUUAAACUGCAAUCACAUCGAAAGGGGACAGACGUGAGUCUGUUGAUUCAAGACUCUAUGACUGAGCACGGAGAGUGCAUGUGAGAAUAGAAGGGAAAGUGCGCAAGUAAGUGGCUUUUUUUCGGGGUUUCACGAUGGCGUAUCCUCAGGGUUACUUGUAUCAGCCAUCCGCUUCCCUGGCACUGUAUUCAUGUCCGGCGUACAGUACCAGCGUGAUUUCGGGACCCCGAACGGAGGAACUUGGAAGAUCAUCCUCGGGGUCUGCUUUUGCUCCGUAUGCCGGAUCUACCGCGUUUACCACCGCUUCGCCUGGCUACAAUUCCCAUCUGCCGUACAGUGCAGACGCGGCGGCGGCUGCCACCUUUACUUCAUAUGUGAGUUCGCCCUACGAUCACACCUCCGGCAUGGCUGGUUCGAUAGGCUAUCACCCGUACGCUGCUCCCUUGGGUUCCUAUCCGUAUGGUGACCCUGCUUACCGAAAGAACGCGACUCGGGAUGCCACCGCCACACUCAAAGCGUGGCUCAACGAGCACCGGAAAAACCCGUACCCCACCAAGGGUGAAAAGAUCAUGCUGGCCAUUAUCACCAAAAUGACCCUCACUCAAGUGUCCACCUGGUUCGCCAACGCCAGGAGGAGGCUAAAGAAAGAAAACAAGAUGACCUGGACACCUCGGAACCGGAGCGAGGACGAGGAAGAGGAUGAGAACAUUGAUCUGGAGAAAAACGACGACGACGAGCCUAACAAGCCUUCAGACAAGGGAGACUCGACAGAUACUGAGUCGGACAAUAAACUGAUAAACCCAGGGGACAUUUGCGACAGAUUCAAAGAUGAAAGUCAUGUGAAGGAAAUGGAUCCUCUUUUAACCAACACGGAAUUAAAAGAGUCAGAGGACCGGACGGAACUGCUGCCCGAGUCGGCUAAGCCCACCACCUCCUCCCCGUCUACUGUGCCUCGGGGGAAUGAGAUCAUUGCGCAAGAGAAGCCGUCAGAUUUGGGCCACGCACCGAGCACAGUGAACAGCAACGUGACGUCUGUUAUCCAUUCGCCCCCGUCAGCCCCCAAACCGAAACUUUGGUCUCUAGCCGAGAUCGCGACAUCCUCAGACAGGUGUAAAGGCAGCAGCGAGGGCCCGCAGGCCACGGUGAUGGGUCAAAGCACAGUAAUCGCGACCAACGCUGCGUCGCCAUCUCGAUCAUCGUCCCAAUGUCCCCUCCCAAAUAGCACGGUUCUCUCCAGGCCCAUCUACUACACCUCCCCCUUUUACCCCGGUUAUACGAACUAUGGCACUUUUGGACAUCUUCACAGCAAUCACGGAUCCAACACGGGCUCUACGCCACACUUCAAUGGAUUAAACCAGACUGUGUUAAACAGGGCCGAGGCUCUGGUAAGAGAGAGCAAACUCAGAAGCCAAACACAGGUAGAUCUUUGUAAAGACUCCCCUUAUGAACUAAAGAAAGGUAUGUCAAACAUUUAAUACUGGAUUACUCCCCAGUCACCCGGACUAUUAUUUAUUAUUUGUGGUUGCAUAAAAAGGAGAAGCAAGAAAUAAUUAUACUGUUAAAGAAAAUUCUGAGGACAGUUAUUUUCUCAGUAAAUGCUUACCCUCAAAUCUUAGUUUCUGAAUGGUUAAUCCAAAAGAUGUAACAACUAAGAAUUGUCUUAAUCGCUGCAGCCGCCUGAGUCUAUUUGUAUUAAAGACUAAUGUAUAUUUAAUGUAGCAUUUUUGUAUUUAAAAUGGACAAUACACUAUCUUUGAA